AUGGUCAGUAGCAGCAGCUUAGCAGAGACUGUGAGAUACGAUCCCGAAGCCAGGACGCUCUGGGUUAUAGCCCGGAAAUACGAUGACCUGACAAAGAAAAGCACCGCAUAUCUCAACACUUAUGACGUGUCUGGCUUCUUUUGCUUCUACCGCGGGGAUUCACGCAUUAUAGCUUCGCGAAGCCGCUUUCGAUUGAUGGUCUUGAAAUCUUCGUUGAGAAAUCCGUCGCUAUAUACAGCUCCUGUGAGCUGCUGGACAGAACUGUGA